AUGUCCACCUUCUCCAAGCUCUGGCAGGCCGCCGGCCUCGGCAAGUUCGACGACAACAGCCACCCAAUCCACCCAGCAACAGUGCACUACCCGAUCGCCUUCCUCUCCCUACACUACGCCCUCGACGUCCUCUACGGCAGCCUAACCCACCCCUCCAUCGCCUCCUACAUCCCCUCCAGCAUCGCCGCCCAAUUCACCCCCUACAUCGCCGACAUCGCCAAAGCCUCUCACUUCUCCAACGCGCUCGGCAUCCUCUCCGCAUUGCCCUCCGCCGCUACGGGAGGCGCGGAGCUCUACGCCAUGAUCCAGAGCAACGGGCUCUGGGAGGUGAUCAAGCGGGAGUCAGACGGCAAGGUCGUGUACGGCGGGAUGAAUCCCAAGGUGCGACAUGGCAUCUUCCACGCGCUGAUGAACGACGUCGUAUUGGUCGCGAGCUUGUACGAUUGGUGGACGAGGCGGAACACGACGGGUUUUAUCCCGACCGGGACGCAUCAGGUGAUGAGCGCGGCGGCGCUGCCGAUGCUGUUCUUCUCGGCGUAUUUGGGGGGUGCGAUGGUGUAUAAGUAUGGAGUGGGCGUGCAGAGGAUGGGCGAGGCGAAGAGGAUUAAGGAGGAUUCGGGAAGGGAUGAGUUGAAGAGGGAUGAGGGGUACACGAAGGUUAAGGAGAGGAAGGGGCAGUGA